UUCACUCUAUGUCGCUCAGUCGCCGCUUGUUUGCCAAAAAGAAUAGAAUCGUUCCCCCUCUCGAAUAUCCAAAAAAACUUCAGUUUGUUUACCCACCGCAUCGGAGAUCAACCGAAAAAUAGUCUUCGUAUUCUGGACUGGAAUCUGAGGAAUUUCUUUAUUGCCGAGCGUAAAUUCUUGAAUAAGUGGCGCGAAUUUUUGGGAACAUAAACAAAAUGCAGGAGUUAAUAGUUGGAGGCGGCGGAAUCAUUUCCUAUGCUAAUGAGAAUGUCGAGAACGAGAAUUGCCAAAAAAACUUGAACCUCUUCAAGGUUGAGGAACACACCCCCUAUCCGGGCUUGUCGCGCCUGACCCCUUCCCUGAUCCUUUGCGGGGCAGCCGCAGUAGUUCCCGCCUACAUGGACAAACUGGGUGUGAGCUGUGUCAUCAACGUGGCUCCCGAGCUUCCAGACACCCCCCUAUCCAGCGACAAGAAUAUCGUGUAUCUGCGCAUCAAUGCCCAGGAUCGAUCGCAGGUGGACCUCUCCCAGCACUUUGACGAAGUCGCCGAUCUGGUCGAGGAAGUGCGUCUCAGUGGCGGGUGCACCUUGAUCCACUGCGUGGCUGGAGUGAGCCGAUCUGCCAGCUUAUGCUUAGCCUACCUGAUGAAGCACUCGGGGAUGAGUUUACGGGAGGCCUACAAACACGUCCAGUCUAUACGGCCACAGGUGCGACCAAACUCCGGGUUCUUCCAGCAGCUGCGACAGUAUGAACUGCAACUGCGGGGAACCAACUCCGUGGAAAUGGUGUACUUUGCAUCGCUGGACAAGGAGAUCCCCGACAUCCUUGAGCCCGAGUACAGGGCCAUGGAGGACUUCUAUCAGCGUUACCGCAGCGCACUGAAGAGGCGAUAAACUAAGACAUUACUUAUUUUGCAAACACCAUGUUGCUUGUGAUACUUGUCCCCUACAGUAGAUUAGAAUUUAGUAUGCUAAGUGCUUAAGAUAACAAUGAAAUGCUGAACAUUAUAUAAGCCAGUCCAUAUCAUUUUAAGGUUAUUUUUAACGUAUAAUCUGAACAAUGAGAACUGUAAUUAAAAUAAAUUAAAAUAAACAUCGUUUAUAUG